AUGUUAACAUGGCGUCCUCAAUGUCAUUCUUUGGUUUAAGCCGUAUUCUCGCUCUUAAAUCAGUCACAAAAACAUUUGUGAAUCCUGUCAGGUCAGUAAGCACAUCAGGAUGUAGGCUGGCAGAGGGACAGGGAUCCCAGCUCAUCACUGUGGAUGAGAAACUGGACAUCUCAACUCUGACUGGCGUUCCAGAGGAGCAUAUUAAGACACGCAAGGUCCGCAUCUUUGUGCCAGCCCGCAACGCCAUGCAGUCGGGCGUCAAAAACACACACAAGUGGAAGAUAGACUUUGACACCAGGGAGCGCUGGGAAAACCCUCUGAUGGGCUGGUCCUCUACGGCAGAUCCACUGUCCAACAUGGUGCUCACAUUCAGCACUAAGGAGGACGCCAUCGCUUUCGCAGAGAAGAAUGGUUGGAGUUAUGAUAUAACUGAAAAGAGGGUCCCGAAGCCGAGAGUGAAGUCAUAUGGAGCAAACUUUUCCUGGGACAGAAGGACUCGAAGGUCGGCCAAGUAGCCAUCCUGUUUCGGCCUGUCUGUGUUAUCUUUAACAGACCUGUAAAAAUAAUAUACUCUAUGUAUCUAAUAAACUAUCUUUACAACA